AGAAACUUCUGGAGCUCUGACCUCAGCUUUAAGAGCAGGAAGGGAGAUAAUCCGACCAAGAAUCGAACACACAGUGACCGAAGGGUGAAGAAAAAAAAAAAGAAACCAAGACAAACCAACAGGCCAACAUGGCUCUGAUGUGCUACAACAAAGGCUGCGGAGAGAAGUAUGACGCUGACAAGAACAAGGACGACUCCUGCGUAUUCCAUCCAGGAGUCCCAAUCUUCCACGAUGCUCUGAAGGGUUGGUCCUGCUGUAAGAAGAGGACAACAGAUUUCUCAGAGUUUCUCUCCAUCAAGGGCUGCACCCGUGGGUGCCACAGCAACGAGAAGCCGCAGGAGCCUCUGCGGCCGGAGGUCGUGUCAGAUAAGAGGGAGAUUAAACACACCAACGGCCAGGAGAUAAUCUACCAGGGACCCAAAUCUGCAGAGAAGCUGAAGAAGGAGAGACCCAGUUCAGAUGAGCCCAUGACCAAGCUGCCCCAGAAAGUGUCUGCAUCGCUGGCUCAGGUGCUGGAGAAACUGGAAAUCAGUAAGAAAGCUGAGAAAGAUCAGAAAGACAGUGAGGUUGUCAUACAAGGGACAAGAUGCAAAAAUUCAGGAUGCAAAACGGCGUAUCAAGGCCCAGAGACAGACAUGGAGGUCUGCACCCACCACCCUGGUGCACCCGUCUUCCAUGAGGGGUACAAGUACUGGAGCUGCUGCUGCAUUAGAACAAUAGACUUCAAUGCUUUCCUCGACCAGAAGGGCUGCACCACAGGGACACAUCGCUGGGUCCCAAAACAGGACAAGAAGAAGGUGGCUUGUCGACACGACUGGCACCAGACUGGAAAUAAUGUUGUUGUAACAAUUUACGCCAAGAACGCAAACCCUGAACUUUCCUGCAUAGAGGCCAACCGGACAGUGCUCUCGUGUCAAAUCCAGUUUGAGAACAAUAAGAUUUUCAAGAGAGAGUUCCACAUGUGGGGGGUGAUCAAUGUCAAACAGAGCUCAGUCAACAUGGUCCCAUCCAAAGUGGAGAUUUCCCUGCGUAAGGCGGACCAGGUGGCCUGGGGCAAACUGGAGGACCCCAACUACAAACCGGAGCCUGAGCCCGUAGAGGACUCCCUCGCCGAAACCAACGAGUCUCACCAGCCCGACUGGGACAUCGACGACGACGACAUCAGCGACUCGGACGAGGAGUGGGCCUAUGACACACCGCAGAACAAACAGCAGGAAAAGAGAGAGGAGCAGAACAGGAAAGCUGAAGACAUGCAGAAUUUACAGAGGAAGGAGGUGGAGGAGGAGAUGAAGAGGGCAACGGAGGAGAGGAGGAAGGCGGAGGAGGAGAAAAAGAGGCUAGAGGAACAGAGGAGGGAGGAGGAAGCGGAGGGAUUUGAAGACAUGCCCGACCUUGAGUAACUCCUCUGAAAAACAGCGUGUUGAUCGGAUGUGAUUUGCAUUAUCAGGGCAGAAAACUCUUUAAUUCAAAACUGAUUUUUGUAAUGAGUAAAAUCAAAUGUUUAUUUCAGAGAUAAUUAGAUUCCAACUCCAUGUUUUGUAGCUACAAAUGAAUUGUGGUACUUUGCAAACACCUUCUAACUUUGGACGACCCAAGAGGUUGAUUCUCUUGAAGCAGUUACUUACAUUAUUGGUUGACAAACACACUGGACCCUUUAUGUUUUAUUUUAUUUGAAUUGUAGUGUGAUGUUUUUCUCCUCAAAUGUGAAUAUACUCUGUA